CAAAGCGGCCCCUGGCGCAGGCGCAGUCCUGAUGCUGCGCUUAGUGUCUUGGGCUGCGAAUCGCGCUGCGGUCCGCUCGGAGCCAAGUUCCCGGCUGGCCGAGUGCCGCACAGUCGUCAUGUCCCGGCCGCCGCCGCCACGCGCCACCGGGGGCAACCCAGCCCGGCCCGGCACGGUGCUGGGUACCAUGGAGAUGGGGCGCCGCAUGGACGCGUCCUCCAGCGCCGCGUCCGUGCGCGCCUUCCAGGAGCGCGGCUACACGGAGCUAGACACGGCCUUCAUGUAUGGCGACGGCCAGUCCGAGAGCAUCCUGGGCGGCCUCGGGCUCGGGCUGGGCGGCAAAGACUGCGGAGUGAAAAUUGCCACCAAGGCCAACCCUUGGGAUGGAAAGACACUGAAGCCUGACAGUGUGCGGUCGGCAUGUACAAUGCCACCACCAGGCAGGUGGAAACAGAGCUCUUCCCCUGCCUCAAGCACUUCGGAUUGCGGUUCUACGCCUACAACCCUUUGGCCGGGGGCCUGCUCACCGGCAAGUACAAGUACGAGGACAAGGAUGGGAAACAGCCCGUGGGCCGCUUCUUUGGAAACAGCUGGUCUGAGACCUACAGGAAUCGGUUCUGGAAGGAGCACCACUUCAAGGCCAUCGCCCUGGUGGAGAAGGCCCUGCAGGCCACCUAUGGCUGCAGCGCCCCCAGCGUGACCUCAGCCGCCCUGCGCUGGAUGUACCACCACUCCCAGCUGCAGGGCGCCCACGGGGACGCGGUCAUCCUGGGCAUGUCCAGCCUGGAGCAGCUGCAGCAGAACCUGGCCGCUGUGGAGGAGGGGCCCCUGGAGCCGGCUGUGGUGCAGGCCUUUGAUCAGGCCUGGAACCUGGUUGCCCAUGAGUGUCCCAACUACUUCCGCUAGGCCCGAUGUGACUCCAGGUGCCAAAGGCUUCUCUGUCUGCUCUUUGAGUCUCUGACCCUGGCCGUUUUGCCUUAAGCUGCCUUAGCGCGGUCUUUCCCGCUGGCCUCAAUCAUGCAGUCUUCUCUAGAUCCCUGCCCCGCUCCCUGCUGCCCUGCACCAGGGAAAGGCUGGGGCUCAGUCCUCCGGGAGCGCUUGUGUCUCAAUAAAGCAGCGCUGGCCCAGCCACAGCCCUGGCCUGGCGAAGCACCAGCUGUCUUGUCUCCUUGUGUCACUGCCUCUUGGGAGCCUGCCUGGGCCUCCAAGGAAGGGCGGAGCCGUGAGCUGGGGUCUCCAGAGGGCAGAGGUUGUGGGGCAGGCUCGGGAGCGCCCUGGCCUUGUCCAGGUCUCCUUGCUCCUUGUCCUGAGCCCCGCCCGGGCUCUCUGUCUCAUACACGUGAGGGGGAAAGUGGGCCAGGCAGCCUGGAGUAGCUUUUCUCUCAUUCAGGACUGCAGCACCAAAUACUCAGAAAUGGGACAGUUUGGGCAAAAGCUCCCUGUAGAGGCACCACUAAAUAAAGAAUGAUACUUCUCAGAA